AUGGCAAAAGCGAAGGUAGUGCAGCAGCCUGUGGCGAGCGACGACUCUUCCCUCUCUUCGAGUGAGGAGGAAGUGCAGCCGAAGAAAGCUGCCAUUGCUGCAAAGGCGGGCGGCGCCGCUGCGGCUGUCAAGAAGAAAGCAGCGGCUGCUGUGGCGCCUGCGAGUUCGUCGUCUGAUGACAGUUCAGAUGAUGAUGACCAACCCAGUGCAGCGGUGGUUAAGAAGGCAGUAGCAGCAAAAACUAAUGCAACCAAAGGAAUAACCGCGAAGGCACAGUCGACGAUCCAGGAUUCCUCCUCGGAUUCAAGUUCAGAAGACGAAAUGCCCCCGCCGAAGAAAGGCCAAGUCCCUGCAAAAGCAGCCCCACAGAAAGCUGCAGUUCAGGACUCCGAUUCGGAUGACUCGUCUGAAGAUGAAGCCCCAGCUAAGAAACCCGUGCAAAAGGCAAAGCUGACGGCAGUAGCAGCACAGAAAAAGGGAGCACCGCCGCAGGACUCCGACUCCGACUCUUCUUCCGAGGAGGAGCGGCCGCCACCAAAGAAAGCAGCAGCACCAGCGAAGGGGAAACCUGCAGCGGCACCUCAGAAGAAGGCCCCUUUGCCUGAGGACUCGGAUUCGGACGACUCUUCUGAUGAUGAUGACGCGCCUCCCCCGAAGAAAGCAGCAGCCCCAGCCAAACCAAAUGCAGCACCUCAGAAGAAGACGGCACCGGCUUCUUCAGACUCUGAGGACUCCUCCUCGGAGGAGGAAGUGGCGCCUCCCCCAAAGAAACCUGCACCUAAGGCUAAGGCAGCACCUGCAGGAACCCAGAAGAAAGCAGCAGCUGCUGCAGCAAACGAUUCUGAAUCGAACGACUCUUCUUCUGAAGACGACAUGCCCCCGCCUAAGAAGGCAGCACCAGCAGCGCCAAAGGGCAAACCCGCAGUGACAGCAGCAGCACAGAAGAAGGCAGCAGCAGCAGCUCAGGACUCCAGCUCUGAUGAUUCCUCUUCAGAGGAGGAAGUUGCAGCUCCAGCGAAGAAGCCGGCUCCAAAGGCAGCUGCUGCUGCAAAUAAGAACGCAGCAGCGAUGCCGGAGGAGUCGGAUGAAUCUUCUGAUGAGGAUGAGGCGCCCCCGGCGAAGAAGCCAGCAGCACCAGCUAACAAAGGCAAGGCAACAGCACCAGCCGCAGCAGCUCCCAAGAAGCAGCCUGUGCAACAGGACUCAGACUCCGAAGAUGACUCCUCAGAGGAGGAUGAGGAGCCUCCAGCGAAGAAGCCUGCCCCCAAGGCUAAAGCAGCAGCACCACAAAAAAAGGCAGCAGCAGCUGCCCAAGACUCCGAUUCAGAUGACUCUUCUUCGGAGGAGGAAGACAGCGCGCCUCCUACCAAAAAAGCAGCAGCGGCACAGAAGAAAGCAGCAGCUCAGGCGUCUUCUUCAGAGGAGUCUUCAGAGGAAGAAGAGGAGGAUGAGGAACCCCCGAAGGUAGCGGCAGCCCAGAAGAAAGGCAAAGGAACAGAUGGCAGUAUGGAGGUCGAUGGGGCCUCAAAGAAGAGAAAACAAGCACAAGCACAAAACGGCAACCAGCCUCAGCAGGGCCCCAAGAAGAAGCUGCAACUCACAGAUGCGUCUGCCGCUGCCCGCAUGCGCUCCGAAAUCUUCUGCGGCGGCCUACCUUACUCUGUAACUGAGGAGCAGCUAAAGGAUCUCUUUGAGGCGGACUGUGGGCCAACAACACGCAUAAAGAUUUUGGAAGGGAAGGGAAUCGCCUUUAUUACUUUUGCUUCUGAGGAGGCAGCAGCGAAGGCUGUAGAGUUCAAUCAAACGGAGUACGAAGGCCGCGUGCUGCGCAUCAACCUCUCAGCGGACAGGCAGCAGCAGCAGCACGGCGAUCGCAGGCAUGAAGGCAAGAACGGUGGACCCAGAGAAGACAGACCCGAGGCCGACCCUUCAAAUCAAAUCGUUCUCCGCAAUUUGAGCUUCGACACCACAGAAGACACCAUCAGGGAGACAUUCGGCGAUUGCGGCGAAAUCCGAGCGGUGAGAAUUCCGGUGUUCGAAGAUAGCGGGAAGCCACGAGGUCAGGCGUUCUUAGAAUUCGAUUCGGUAGACUCAGCGACGAAGGCAUUGAAAUUCAAUAACACUGAGUUGGAUGGCCGCACCAUUUGGGUGGCCUACGCGCUGCCGCGAGGCGCAGGAGGAGACAGAGGAGGCAGAGGAGGCAGAGGAGGCAGAGGAGGUGCGGGAGGAGGACGGGGCGGCGGUCGCGGCGGUGGUCGUGGCGGCUUCCGCGGCGGCCGGGGCGGCGGCGCGUCUUCUGCAAAGGCUGCGAAUGCGGGAACAGUGCAGGAGUUCCAAGGGAAGAAGACAACAUUUGAUGACAGCGACUGA